UAAAGGUUGGAACGGCCCAGACAGUUUGGGGUAGGCUCUGGCGUGUAACACUGUGGGACGCAUCACAAAUUACUGUGAUCUUGCAAGGCCAGUAAUCAAGAAGCACCAGUCAUGCUGCUGCUAAACCUGGUUUUCCUCUUCCAGCUGGCCCAGACUCUCUGUCUGGCAGCCCCACAUCGAGACACUUUCCCUGGGGUGAAUUCUCCACACAGUGGGUCCCCAUCCAGAAGCUCCAGGAACAAGCUGUUGUUGAUCUCAUUUGAUGGGUUCCGUUGGGACUAUGACAGAGAUGUGGACACACCUCACCUGGACAGGAUGGGGCAGGAUGGGGUCAAAGCUGCCUAUGUUACCCCCCCCUACCUCACCAUCACCAGCCCUUCUCACUUCACCCUCCUGACAGGUAGAUACAUAGAGAACCAUGGAGUGAUCCACAACAUUUGGUUCAACACCACGACCCAGGAGAAGAAGCAGUACUACAUGACCCAAUUUGUGGAUUCCUACUGGGACAAUGGUAGUCUUCCCAUCUGGAUAACAGCUCAGCGACAAGGCCUGAAGGCGGGCUCCCUACACUUCCCCGGCACGGCCGCCACCUACAAAGGUGAGAGGGUAAAGGUCAGUGAGGUGGAACCUCGCUUCUAUGAGUACAACAAUGAGACAGAUUGGAGAAUCAACAUUGAUAUGGUCAUUGGACAGUGGUUUUCUGACAAGGACCUGGACUUUGUGUCUUUGUACUUCGGUGAACCGGACGGCACUGGGCACAAGUAUGGACCAGAUUCCCCGGAGCGCCGGGAGAUUGUGCGACAGGUGGACCGGACCGUGGGUUACAUUCGGGAUACGGCCCGAAAUCACGGCCUCUCUGAACGGCUUAACAUAAUCAUCACAGCCGAUCACGGAAUGACCACAGUUCUCCGGAAUGGCACCGUUGAUGAGAUUAUCCUAUCCAAGAUUCCGGGAUUUGACUUCAGGGAUAUAAAAUUCCAACUGCUUGAUUACGGGCCAACAGGAAUGCUUCUCCCCAGAGAGGGCAUGCUGGAGAAGGUGUACCAGACCCUGAGAGGAAGUCACCCUCACCUGCAUGUGUAUAAAAAGGAGAACAUGCCUGGUAGACUUCAUUACAGCUCACAUCCUCGCCUCCUGCCCCUGAUCCUCAUCGCUGACCAAGGAUACGUCAUCAAUGGGUUGUUCCCAGUGCAGUUCCACAAUGGAGAGCAUGGCUAUGACAACCAGGAAAUGGACAUGAAGCCCUUCUUCAGAGCCGUGGGGCCAGAUUUCAAGAAGAACCUAGUUGUGGGACCCUUCGAGACAGUCCACGUUUACCCACUGAUGUGCCACCUUCUGGGGAUCACACCGGAGGUCAAUGAUGGGUCCCUGGAGGUCACCCGCCAGAUGUUGGAACCCAUUGAGGAUCUUGGAUCUUCUGACGACAGGGAUAUCAAGAAAGAUGUCUUCAUUGGACUGGCAUCUGUCGCUGGCUUCCUGGCUGUGGUAUUUGUUGUAACCACAGCUUACUCACUGUUUAAAAGAAAUAGCAGAAGAUCUGAUGUCACCAAGGAGGAACUCACUGCAGAAAAGGCAGAGAUUAAACACACCUCAUUCUGAAAGCCACACACUUUAUGGGCAGUCAUUUGGAUAGCUGUAGAUUUUGGGCUCCUGAUAAAUAUUCUAACUUGAUUGUUAAUAUUCCAAUUAAAUUUUCAUUUUGUUGUUAUCCUUACUUACAUAUUUCUCACUGACACCGUAACUAACUCUAACCCUAAGAAAACAUUGAUAAAUGAAUGUUAGAGUCCAACCUCACACGGUCCGUCACUGUCUGGUUUGGGUCUGAAUCUGCCAGCUGCAAAUGUAAAAUGCAAACCAUCUGAAAUUGAAAGUCUCUCUGGAUAAGAUCUGCUAAAUGACAAAAAUGUAAAAUUGAAUUAUUAUUCCCUUGCUGCCACCUGCCCUCCAUCGAAGUGCUACAUCAAGGACAAGGAAUUGAGCAGAUCACUGCUGAGCCCUCCCGCCCUGCUGGCCCCUCCCACACUGCGGACCCUUCCCAUCCUGCUGACCCCUCCCACUCUGCUGGCCCCUCCCACCCCGGACACCUACAUUCCAAAAAAGAUAUCCGGUAGGCAGUGCAGGUCAAUCAAAAAACAAAUCCUGUCACCUGAAUGGUUUAUCUCCCUGUGCUGUGGCCCUCAGGCCCACAAAGACUAGUACAACUCUGAGAGUGGGACCAGGAAAUCUAGUCAAUGCAACAUAAGCAGAAUAUGUAUAUAAUCAGAAUAUGUACAGGGCAAGAGAUGAAUCAUGUCAGCCCCAGGCUUUAUAGAAGUCAUUUUAAAUCACUCUAGUGGUUCUCUACUGACCUUUAUGGCACAAUAAUAACUAAGAGGGAAGAGAGACUUGAAUUGCAAAUGUUAUUUCUGAGGGGUGACAUUUCAACGCUGACCUUUAACAUUUCAAUUAAAAGACCACAGCAAUUUGUUUUAUUAAUAUCGAUGAAUUCACUAGAUUGAUCACUGUUCAGUAUCAAUGUAGCUUUAGCAAUGUGAGCAAAUGUAUUAAGCUAGCUAAAAUUGUAUCUGUUGAAGAAUUUGAAAAUAAACUAUUGCAGGCAAAUUAA